ACGCCAUUGACAGGCGACUCCUCACACGUCCCGGAGCCUUGGGCUGCGUCCGAAAACCUAGCUCCUGAAGUCGUGACGUAGACCGUCUCUCGUCACGCCGAUCUUGUUGGCGUCAUCACCGCACCGGACUGAAUGAGGAAGUGAAAGAGACGGUCGCUAAAGACACCGCUGAACGGAGAGUCGGUUGAUGCGGAUAUAAAGCAACGGACGCGACUCUUCAUAAUGGGAUCUUGUGUCUUUCUGAUCACAUCACAAGGUCCUCUUGCUCAGAGAUGGAUCUUGUGACCAUAUACCUACAGGCUUCCUGCCUAACAUCUUUAUGAGAUUUACUAAGCUCUGUAUUACACUCAUACACACACACAUACACAAGCAUGGCACCAGUCCCACCUGGCAUCCGCUUCCUGGCAUCCUUCAAUAGGGACCAGUGGUACAAGGCCUUCACGUUUGCUCUCACUUUCCUGCUCUACACAAGCUUCCAUCUAUCCAGGAAGCCCAUCAGCAUUGUCAAGAGUGAGCUGCAUAAGAAUUGCUCUCACGUCAUGGAGGUUCCCACAGAGAACAGCCAACAGCCUAGACUUCAACCAGAACUAGACUGCAGCUGGAAACCAUUCGACAGAAACAAUUAUAAGCAGUUGCUUGGAGCGAUGGAUUACUCUUUCCUGUGUGCUUAUGCCAUAGGCAUGUAUCUCAGUGGAAUCAUUGGAGAGCGUUUGCCCAUUCGUCUGUACCUGACUGUGGGCAUGUUGACCAGUGGACUUUUCACCUGUCUGUUUGGACUGGGAUACAUCUAUGACAUCCAUAGCCUUGGCUUCUAUAUAUUUGUUCAGGUGGCCAAUGGAUUGGUUCAGACCACUGGUUGGCCAAGUGUCGUGACUUGCAUUGGUAACUGGUUUGGCAAGGGCAGGAGAGGCCUCAUCAUGGGUCUGUGGAACUCUCACACAUCGGUGGGCAACAUUCUGGGUUCUUUGAUUGCUGGAUAUUAUGUCUCCUCUAACUGGGGUCUGUCCUUCAUCGUCCCUGGAGUUAUCAUCGCUGUCAUGGGGGUCAUCUGCUUCUUCUUUCUAAUAGAGCACCCUAAUGAUUUGAAGACUGCCAGUGCCCAGAGCUCAGCUCCAAGCAAUCAGAAGCCUCAUAAAAGCUGGAAUGGUGUUAAUGGACAUAAAGACCUUUACUUGCAGUGCAAGCCAGGAGCUAAAGCACAGAGCUGGGACACAGAGCUUCUGCUGGGGCAGGAGACCAUUGGCGUGUGUGUUCCCGUACAGCAGGUGGUGGUGGUGAAGAGCGAGGCAGAACCGUCAGCCAUCAGCUUCAUGGGAGCUUUACGCAUUCCUGGAGUGGUGGAGUUCUCGCUUUGUCUGCUGUUUGCCAAGUUGGUCAGUUAUACUUUCCUCUUCUGGCUGCCCCUCUACAUCACUAAAGCAGCUCACCUAGAUGCCAAGAAAGCUGGAGACCUUUCAACUCUGUUUGAUGUGGGUGGCAUUGUUGGAGGGAUCCUGGCUGGAGUGAUCUCUGAUAAGAUGGGAAAGAGGGCCACCACUUGUGCUGUGAUGCUUCUGCUGGCAGCGCCCACACUCUACGGCUUCUCUAUGAUCAGUCAGUUUGGCUUGGGACCCACUAUUGGUAUGCUGCUGGUGUGUGGUGGUUUAGUCAAUGGACCGUACGCUCUCAUCACAACAGCCGUCUCUGCUGACUUGGGAACACACAAGAGUCUGAAGGGCAAUGCCAGGGCUCUCUCUACAGUUACAGCUAUUAUAGAUGGCACUGGAUCUGUUGGUGCUGCUGUGGGCCCUUUGCUGGCAGGGCUGUUGUCAGCACAAGGCUGGGAUCAGGUCUUUUACAUGCUCAUGACCGCAGACUUUUUUGCACUUUUGCUUUUGCUGAGACUUGUGAUGAAGGAGCUUCGCUCUCAUAGGAGCCGUCCAGGAGUCGCUGUCGAACUGAAGGAACAUUGAGUACUUUGCACUAACUGAGCGAGAGAGAGAGGGUGAAGGGCAGCGCUGGAUACAAAUGUUCAUCUCUCACCAGUUGUUAUCUGACCACUUCCUACUCUGGACCAAAACUUGACUAAAACCUGUGCUCAGUCCUCUGUUUUAGAAAAUGGACUAUACAAAGAGACAUUUUAUACCCUUUUUCAGAAGAAAAAUCAACGGUUUAGGGUGACUGCAAAGCAACUUUAAGGAAAAAUUUUCUUAUAGAAUAUUUUCCACCUGCAGCUCUGCUUGCAUUCUGUCCCCAAACAAAUGAACAUCACUCAACAUGAAAUCAAGCCUAAAUAUCCCUCCAGUUAAACAAUGCACAAUUGCACAACCAAAAGUAGCCUCCCUUUGUUGCUAACAAGGGGAUUUUUUUAAAUAAAUGCAGUAAAAUUUCUUCCUCUAGACCACUGCCGGGCACACAGCGCCUUCAUUAAACACGCAGAACAAAUGUCCCUGUAAACAGUUCAUAAAUCCAUUCUUGCAUGAAUUGUCACAUUGAAUUGGACCAUGACAAUUUAUGUAAGAAUGGUUUAAGAAAUAUUUACACCGAAAUUUGUUCUGCUCGUGUUUCAUAAACUCGGCCCACAAAGCGUAUAGUUUAUCUGUGUGUGUGUGUGUGUGUAUAUGUGUAUAUAUAUUAUAUAUAUAUGCUAAAUCGAUAAUAUAUUAUUAUUCUCAUCUGCCUUUCUAUGAACCAAAGCCAUUCUUGUUAGUCAUUGAAAAAAUUUUGUAUUUGGACAGUUUUCUACGGAUCCCCUAAAAUGACAUGGUGGUGGAAAAAAUAUGGGAUUGGAGGAAAAAAUAUAUUUCAGUGCUUCUGCGUUCGUUCGCAAAAGUUUUGCCUUCCUUCGAGAAACUUUGCAUUCCCUCGCAAAGAACUUUUGUGAGGGCGAAUGCAAAGUUUCUUGGGGGGAACACAAAACAUUUUUCCUCCUAUCUCUUUUUAUUUUUAUUUUUUAUUUGAUUUUUUUUUUUUUUGUUAAUCACCAUGUCCCUCGAGGGGUUCUGUAGUUUUUUUGUGUGUCUUACUGUGGUGACAUUAAAAGUUCUUAUCCUGUGGUUGUAUAUAGGGGAUCCACUAGGUGAUUUAGCCAUAUGACUAAUUAUUUUCCCUUUUAUUUAUUUUACAUUAUUUAUUUGACUUUCACUGCUGGCCUGUGACUUAAUGAAUAAUCAUGUUUUAAGUCAUUAUGAAAGAAGGUUAGCAAUUAUUUUUAUCUGACCACUGAUUACUAUACAUUCAUAUACAAACAAAAUUCAAGCUGUUCUAUAUUAAUAAUACAAGAGAUAUCAACAUUUUGAUUUGUUUUCUCUGUAGGAUACAGUAUUAGAUUUUUAAAAAGCGUUUCUGUUGGCAGGUUCAAAAUGUUCACAUCAAGCUCAGACUGUAUGAUAUAAAUCAGUGCGAGCGAAUCAAGAGUCUCCUUGACUGUAAUUGUAUGUGCGCAUUUAGGACCCGCACCUGCCUCUGCAGCUAUAAAUAUUUAAAGUGUCUAUUUGAAUGUUCAGGUUACUGUGGGAUUGUGUCGUUCUGCAGAGCUAGAGGCACAUGUAGAUGUUUGUUAUAAAGCUUGGACCUCUUACAUAAUCAUGCGUUUAGCACGUGUGCAUUUGCCCUUAUAGGACGACAUUCUCUAGGUGAUUGAAUGUAUCUGUAUAAUUUAUGGGUAGAACAUUGGUGUAAUGAGAUACAAUAUAUUGUGCCUUUUUUGUAUUUGCUUUUUUGUAUAGGGAUAUGUCUUUGGAGUGUUCAUUUUUAAGUUAUUGUCAGCUGCUUUACAGAAUCCUGUGGAAGUAAUAGAGAUUUGGGAAUUAUCUGUAUAUGUUGCUGUGUGUACAAAUAGGACAUUUUGAAUAAAGCGGACACAAAAUGCAA